CGGACACCACCCCUAUCGCACAUCCGCACGCCACAGCACCGGAAGCAGCAGAGCCAUGGGUACGUUUCGACAACGGAUGGUCGCGAUCGCAACGGUCCUCGCAGCGUUCGCCGCAGCACCGAGCGUUUCGAGAUCGGUGAACAUCAGCAGUUCUUGGCUGUUGCCGCAAAACGAGUUUCCGGUUUUCUAUCGACAUUUCAGAGACAGAGUGACAUGGUUCGAAGCCGACGCCGUGUGCCAAUUUCACCACGCUCAACUGGCCACAGUUGAAUCCAACAGUCAGUUUGAGGCAAUACGUAGUUAUCUGAAGGAAUUAGACGUGAUCGAGAAUGUUUGGAUUGGUUUGAAACGGAACAGCGAGGCUAGUGAAUUCACAUGGACCAAUUACCAGCCCCUUGCAAGAAGCGGUUACUUUAGAGAAGAAGUUCCACGUUCAUCGGACCCAGUUUGCGUCGUCACUGACCCUACGGCCAACUUCAAAUGGCACAGCUUACAUUGUGGAGGCCCUGAAGUAGCAUCUUUCGUUUGCGAACUCCCAGUUCCAUAUUGGGCAUCCAAGAGCAAUGGUUGCAUGACAAGUAUGAUGGAAGGUAUGACAGUCACUUUCUUGCCGGAACGUCCUGCCAUUCAACUCACCAAGGAAUGCAGUCCAGGUGUUUCCAAAAACGUUACUUGCAAAGGAAACAUGAAACAAUCGGAAAUAAUCGAAAAGUUAAGCUGUCCGAAUUCUAACAAACCACUGAAGACGUUAUUCAAACCUGUCAAACCUGAAAUAGUUGAUAUAAAGUUAAAAACAACGACCUCAAGCUCAGAAUCAGACGUUGAAGACUACGCCAUCGAGAUGGCCACGAUUGCUCAAUACAACGAUGAAACGUUCCAGUCGAUAUCUAAAGUGAUGGGACGCGGCAUCAUCAACUUGCCACAAGAAAUGUCGAUCGCCCAAGAACCAAUUAAGUCUUCGGGCCGAGGAAGUUUCGACACCAAUGGUAUUGAUUCGGCUUUUAUCGGUGGCCAAGUCAAAACUACCAGCACCAGCACUAGCAGCACUAGCACCGGCACUAGCACUAGCCCUAGAACCACCAGCUCUGUGUCCAGCGCAAGCACCGUAACCAGCACUAGCACUACCAGCACUACCAGCACCACUCCGAAAAGCAAACCGAAAACUGCAUCGACGAUAACCAUGAAACAAACGACCACUAUGACGCCUACAACCACCGCGACCGCUACCGGGACUACUACUCACACCGGUUCGGUCACUUAUACCACGGCGUCCGGCACCACCACACAUGCCACCACAGUGAAUAAAGCUACCACCUCAGCCACGAAAACCGGCACAACGGGCAGCACUGCGACAACCGUUGGCGGCAUUUUGAUCGGCGGCGGUCAGCCGACUGUAACCCCGACCACUACCAGUAACAGUCAUCAUCAUCAUCAGCAACGUGGAAACUCAGCCUCCACAACCACAGCCAAUACCAAUGCCAACACUCCCAUCUACGCCACCACCACCACCACCCUGCCCAAGGGCCGGCCCGCCGUACAGAUUACGACCACCGAAAAGAUACACACUGUGGCCAAAAUAUUGACCGCCGAGACCGGUGACGUCCACCGGGUUAACAGUCGCCGGCCAACCGCUGCCACGCUGGCAGCUAUCGCGACGGUCGUGGCCAAAAUACCGUACACUGUGGCCUCCACCUCGACCACCAGCACUACCGGCCGUCCGCUGAAAGCGUUGCGGUCAUACUCCAACUUUGGCGUUGGAGGCGUGACCACUACGAAGGACGCCCUGACCACCGAGCCACCGAUUCACGUGUAUAAGAAAAUCGAUUUCCCGGGAUUGCCGAUCAGCGACGACAGCGAUUACGUGCGCAAGCCUACGGCCAUCCCAUUCUCCAGCACUUCAGCCACCACAAUUUCCAGCCCUGUGACCAGAAACGGUAACAAUGUGGCGACCACGCGGUAUUCGACACCGCUGCCCAUGGCCGCUUCUACCACCAUCAGCGCUUCUACCAGACCUGCACUCAACAACGGUACAUUUUCCGCAGCCACCGAAACAGCUACCACUAACAUGGUAUCCGACACAUCGUCACCAUCCGUUGCCGUCGACGAAUCAGAUGACGAUACCAACAACUGGAACCUCAUCCCGUCGUCCCCGUCUUCCCUGCCCGCCAAAACUGCCAAUGAGGCUGCCCCUGCCACCAUGACCAUUGCCUCCGUGACUGCCGCCUUUGACGUCACGUCCACCGCUACCGAUGUCGCGGCCGCAAACGCCGCGGAAGCCGCCACCGUCACCGCCGCCAUCACUACGACCGCCAGGACCACCUCCACCAUCACCCCCACUGCCAGCACCUCCACUGUUGCUGCCACCACAACCGCCGCUCCCACUAACCACCGGAAAAUGGCCAACUACGACGCGUAUACCGACCACCCCAACCGCAGCCGUCACAUAGUUCGCCCCAAGCAGCAUCACCACUCCUAUCCUUACAUCUUGUACAGACUUUUGGGAUGAACGGUGUCUUAUCUCUUCACCCCACUCCUCCUUCAUGCACUUACGAUAAGUAAUGACAGAUAUGUCACCAAAAAAAAUUUAUUUCCCGUUCAUCUCACAUCCGCUGUCGUCCUCACCCCUAACAAUCGUUCCGAACACAUAAUACAUUCAUUACAUAUUUGGGUACAUAAAAUAUUAAGUUAAUUCCUUCCGCAGUAUGUCCCUCGACAGUAUAAAAUAACAAUCUACAGGUGCAAACAUUUUCCCAUAAAGUGCUCAAUUCGUCAUUUUACAACAAAAAUUCUUUUACGUUAGUGUCAUUUUCAUCGACAGGUAUUUCAGAUUUUAGAAACUCUUGGCCAUAGAUUGGUACAUUUACCUUUCGUAAGGAUACGUUGCAUAAUAAAACCUAAUUGACAAACUGGCCGGGUUUCAAGCUACAUAAUAUCUAAAUAAGUGGACGCUAAUAAACAACUAUUUACUUCAGUUCGAUUUCAUUUGAAACCAUAAUUUCAUAUUCAUUAAUCACCCCACCUCAGUUUCCGGCUAAUAACUAAAAUAAUCAAAAUUUCAAUUUCACCAUAGAUACAAAUACUCAAAGAAGCGUGGGCAAAAUUGGGUGUUCUAGCCAGACAAAGAGUUAUGUUUUCUGGAAUACAAAGAUUUGAUUCCAAAUUCAAAAAUGUUCCAUUGAUUCUGAUUCUAAAACUAACAAUUAAAACAUAAACU